GAAAAGUCAUAGGUCGAGGCGGCAUAAUAUAUUUCAAAACGCUCAUUAAAUGUAAAAUAUUGAGUAAAUUUUUGAGUGAAAAUUAGAAUACAGGUGAAAAAGUGUAUCAUGGCUUACCACUACGUUGUUACUGCGCAGAAACCAACAGCAGUUACAGCAUGUAUAACAGGAAAUUUUACUUCACCAACAGACCUAAAUCUCUUAGUCGCGAAAGUGUCACGACUAGAGAUGUAUUUAGUUACACCAGAAGGGCUGAGACCUAUGAAGGAGAUUGGUCUAUAUGGCCGUGUAGCUAAAAUGAAAUUAUUUAGGCCUCCGUAUGAAAAAAAGGAUCUUGUUUUCAUUUUAACAGCAAGAUAUAAUGCAAUGAUAUUAGAAUGGAGAACUGGGGCCAAUGGAGAGUUAGAAGUUGUCACGAGAGCUCAUGGUAAUGUCGCCGAUAGAAUUGGGAAACCCUCAGAGAAUGGUAUACUUGCUGUCAUUGAUCCCCAAGCUAGAGUAAUUGGGCUUCGACUUUAUGAUGGCUUAUUUAAAAUUAUUCCAUUAGAUAAAGAUUCUACUGAGCUUAAAGCUGCUAGUUUAAGAUUGGAAGAGUUAAGUGUAUUUGAUGUUGAAUUUUUACAUGGGUGCUCUAAUCCCACUUUGAUAUUAAUUCACCAAGAUGUUAAUGGAAGACACAUAAAGACACAUGAAAUAAAUUUAAGAGACAAAGAAUUUAUGAAAAUACCCUGGAAACAAGAUAAUGUUGAAACAGAGGCAUCUAUUUUAAUUCCAGUACCAAGUCCAUUAGGUGGUGCCAUAGUGAUCGGUCAGGAAUCUAUAGUGUACCAUGAUGGUCAGAGCUAUGUUGCUGUUGCUCCUCCACAGAUAAAGAUGACUCCAAUAAAUUGUUACUGUCGCGUAGAUGGAAAAGGGUUGAGAUAUCUCCUGGGCGACAUUGCUGGCAGAUUGUUUAUGUUGCUACUGGAACUACAGGACAAAAUGGAUGGCACUCAAUCAGUCAAAGACCUCAAAGUGGAGUUACUUGGUGAUGUACCGAUACCAGAGUGCAUGACGUACUUGGACAAUGGCGUGGUGUUCGUGGGCUCCAGACUGGGUGACUCCGCCCUCGUCCGACUGUCCGCGGCGAGGGACGAGGCGUGGCAGUACGUGCAGCCGAUGGAGAGUUUCACAAGCCUUGCGCCAAUAGUCGACAUGUGUGUGGUUGAUCUUGAGCGACAGGGGCAGAACCAGCUUAUUACAUGCUCAGGUGCAUUCAAAAUGGGCUCACUUCGUAUCAUCCGCAACGGUAUCGGCAUACAGGAGCAGGCUUCUAUAGAUUUGCCAGGCAUUAAGGGCAUGUGGGCUCUUACCACAACACCAGACUCUCCAUAUCACGACACUUUGGUGCUGUCUUUUGUGGGUCAAACUAGAGUGCUAAUGCUAAAUGGAGAAGAAGUCGAAGAGACGGAAAUAAAAGGAUUCCUAUCUGAUAGACAGACAUUUUUCACUGGCAAUGUUUGUUAUGAUCAGUUGUUGCAGGUGACGGAUGAGGGUAUGCGCCUCGUAGCGCGACGCGGAGCGGAAUGGGCGGCGGCGGCAGAAUGGAAAGUGGGCGGGGCCCGCGCUCUGUCCGUCGUCGCAGCGAGCGAGACGCGCGCCGUAGCGGCAGCUGGUCCCAGACUGUACCUCGUGGCUAUUGAACAACACCGUCUUACAUUGCUAGGUGAGGUGUGUAUGGAGGAGGAAGUGGCGUGUUUAGACCUGGGUCCGGGUGGGGACGAGGCGCUACUUGGCGUGGGCCUGUGGACGGACAUUUCCGUGCGCAUACUCCGCCUGCCCGACCUGCGCCCGCUGCACACGGAGAAGCUAUCCGGAGAGAUAAUACCCCGUUCUCUGCUGAUAUGCGUGCUGGAGGGUGUGUGCUACUUGCUAUGCGCGCUCGGCGACGGCUCCAUGUUCUAUUUCACCGUCGACCAGGAGACCGGAGUAUUGAGCAACCGCAAGAGAGUCACGCUUGGAACUCAACCUACCGUGUUGAGGAGUUUCAGGACUUUGUCGACGACGAACAUCUUCGCGUGUUCGGAUCGGCCCACGGUGAUAUUCUCGUCCAAUCACAAGCUGGUGUUCUCUAAUGUCAACCUUAAAGAAGUGACGCAUAUGUGCUCACUCAAUGCUCAAGCCUAUCCAGACAGUUUAGCACUGGCCACGGACAGUACUGUAACUAUUGGCACGAUAGACGAGAUACAGAAACUGCACAUCCGCACCGUGCCGCUGGGCGAGACGCCGCGCCGCAUCGCUUAUCAGGAAGCCUCGCAAACGUUCGGCGUAAUCACGAUGCGCGUGGACCGCGCGGAGUGGGGCGGCGGAGGCGGGGCGGUGGCGGGGCCUGUCCGCGCGUCCGCCUCCACCGCGGCCGCCAGCAGCAGCGGCGCGCCGCCCGUGCCCGCUAAACACGCGCCCGCCGCGCUAGACCUGGAGCUGCAUAACCUGCUCAUACUCGAUCAUCACACCUUUGAAGUAUUACACGCACACCAGCUGAUGAACGGCGAGUUCGCGAUGUCGCUGGUGUCGUGCAAACUCGGCGACGACCCCAACCACUACUUCGCCGUCGGCACCGCCAUAUUGAAUCCAGAGGAGUCUGAACCUAAAGCGGGCAGGAUACUGUUAUUCCACUGGUACGAGGGAAAGCUCACGCAGGUUGGCGAGAAGGAGAUCAAGGGAGCGUGCUACUCGCUCGUCGAGUUCAACGGGAAACUACUAGCCUCUAUUAAUAGUACAGUACGCCUAUUCGAAUGGACCUCUGAAAAGGAGCUCAGAUUAGAAUGUAGUCAUUUCAACAACAUUGUGGCACUGUAUCUUAAAACAAAAGGAGACUUCAUACUCGUUGGUGAUCUCAUGCGGUCUAUGUCACUAUUACAAUAUAAACAGAUGGAGGGUAGUUUCGAAGAAAUAGCUCGAGAUUACAGUCCGAACUGGAUGACGGCUAUCGAAAUACUCGACGACGAUACAUUCCUAGGAGCCGAGAAUAGUUUUAAUUUAUUUGUAUGCCAAAAAGACAGCGCGGCGACAACGGACGAGGAGCGGCAACAGAUGGGCUACAUGGGUCAGUUCCAUAUCGGGGACAUGGUGAACGUGAUGCGGCGUGGAGCGCUCGUGGCACAGCUCGCCGACACCGCCGCGCCCGUCGCCCGACCGGUACUGCUGGCUACCGUUGCGGGCGCUAUCGGCCUUGUAGUGCAGAUAUCACAGGAGCUCUUCGAAUUCCUACUGCAGCUUGAAGAGAGGCUCACACACACGAUCAAGUCUGUGGGCAAGAUAACGCACACGUUCUGGCGAUCGUUCAACACAGACAUCAAGACUGAACCGGCCGAGGGAUUCAUUGAUGGAGACCUCAUCGAGAGCUUCCUUGAUCUAUCCAGGGAGAUGCAGCAAGAGACAGUGCAAGGCUUACAGAUCGACGAUGGGGGCGGCAUGAUGAGAAAUGCGACGGUAGACGAUCUAAUCAAAAUUGUGGAAGACUUAACGAGGAUACACUAGCAACCUGUACUGCAGAACUUAAUAAAUAUAAUUUACGAAAU